AAACCAGACGGCAGGUGUAGCUACAGACGACAGGGCCGGAUAAAUUUGUUUACAUUGAAAUCCGGAAUACAGAGCAGGUAAAAUCAGGUCAUGCUUUUGUCCACCAUUUCUGUUCGUCAGCAAUCUCUAGUUCGUUAUCUCGUUCCCUUAGCAACGGAUUUCUCCAACCAGCAGCAGCAGCAGCAACGUCGUGCCACUGGUCAUCACAAGAAUUUCACGCCGGUUAUUAGUAGACAAUUUAGUCACUCAGCUUUCACCAUGAGUUCGUCAAAACACCAACUGUCAAACAAGUACAAGGGCCUUGAGAAGAAUGUCUGGGUGGAAUUUAUUGCUUUGGCCAUGGAACACAAGCCACUCAAUCUUGGCCAGGGUUUUCCUGAUUUUGCUCCACCACAGCACGUCACAGAUGCGUUGGCAGAUGUGUCCAAGGCAGACAAUGUUUUGUUGCAACAAUAUACCAGAGGAUAUGGUCACCCACGUCUGAUUCAAGCCCUUUCAAAACUCUACAGCCAGCACAUUGGCCGAACCAUUGAUCCCUUGACUGAAAUCUUGGUUACAGGUGGUGCUUACGAAGCUCUUUUCUGCACCAUCAUGGGCUGUGUCAAUCCUGGAGAUGAAGUCAUCAUCAUUGAGCCCUUCUUUGAUUGUUACGAGCCCAUGGUUCGUCUCGCCGGGGGAACCCCUGUCUUCAUCCCACUUCGUCCUAAAGCUGGCGGAGAGGGCCAUUCCUCUGAAUGGGUACUGGAUGACGUAGAGCUCACGUCCAAAUUCACCGACCGCACCAAAGCCAUCAUAGUCAACACUCCAAAUAAUCCCCUGGGCAAAGUCUUUACGCAAAAGGAACUCGAAUUUAUUGGACAGUUGUGCAUCAAAUUUGACGCCUUGUGCAUCAUGGACGAAGUGUACGAGUGGCUCGUGUACGAACCUUACCGCCACUUUCGAAUGGCUUCGUUACCCCACAUGUGGGAUCGAACCAUUACGAUUUGUUCGGCGGGGAAAACAUUCAGCGUAACGGGAUGGAAGCUCGGAUGGGCCUAUGGUCCUUCCCAUCUUAUGCGCAACUUGUUUGUGGCCCAUCAAAAUGCCCUGUACACGUGCGUUACACCGACUCAGGAAGCCGUUGCUCGUGGACUUGAAAUAGAACUGGAAAGGCUCAACACUGACGAAAGCUACUUCAAAUCUCUGCCAAAACUUCUGGAAUCUAAACGAGAUUACAUGGCUAAAUUUCUGACGGACGUGGGUAUGAAGCCCAUCAUUCCGGAAGGCGGCUAUUUCAUGAUCGCCGAUUGGUCAGCUCUGGAAUCUCAUGCUGACCUUAGUGAGAAAAAGUAUCCCGAAAAGGAUUACUGUUUCGUCGAGUGGCUGACACGAGUCAAGAAAUUGGCAGGUAUUCCCCCUACAGCGUUUUAUUCUGCUGAGAAUAAGAAAAUUGGAGAAAAUUACAUCCGCUUCUGUUUCAUCAAGGAGGAUGCCAAUUUGCAAAAAGCUGAAGGCAUUCUCCAGGAAUGGAAGAAGAGCAUGUAAAGAUAGAAUAAAGAAUUGAUAUAGGCAGAUAACAUAAAGAAAUUUAUAUUUUAAUGAUAAUUACAUCUUCCAGUUGUGUUAUUGGCUCUGAUACAAGUCUCUACGUUUCGCUUUUUCAAUACAGCAGAGCUCACAUAUUA